UUGAUUCAUUCAGAGGUAGGAAAGCUGUUACAAGUACAAAAUGGGACGCCUCCAACCACCAGCUACAACGGGGUAGAUGCUGUGCAUGCCUGUAACAUCCUUCAGCAGCUGAAAGCCUUGUAUGAUGAAGCACAGCUCACAGACAUCGUUGUAGAAGUGGACCAUGGCAAGACUUUCUCGUGCCACCGAAAUGUUCUUGCAGCAAUCAGCCCAUAUUUUAGGUCCAUGUUCACCAGUGGCCUUACGGAGAGCAGCCAGCGUGAGGUCAGGAUUGUUGGGGUUGAAUCGGAAUCAAUGCACCUCGUCUUAGACUAUGCCUAUACAUCCAGAGUCACACUCUCCGAGUCCAACGUCCAGGCCCUGUUCACUGCAGCCAGCAUUUUCCAAAUUCCUGCUCUGCAGGAUCAGUGUGCCCAGUUUAUGAUCAGCCGGCUUGACCCCCAGAACUGCAUUGGGGUCUUUAUGUUUGCUGAUGCAUAUGGACAUCAGGAACUAAGGGAACGCUCACAGGAUUACAUCCGCAAAAAGUUCUUGUGUGUAUCAUGGGAGCAAGAAUUUCUCCAGAUGACCAAGGAGCAGCUGGUUAGCAUUUUGAACAGCGAUGACCUAAAUGUGGAGAAGGAGGAACAUGUCUAUGAGAGCAUUGUCCGCUGGCUUGAGCAUGAUCGACCCGGCCGAGAAGCCCACCUCGAUGAGGUUUUUUCCCAGUGCAUCCGUCUGCCCCUGCUGGAUGAGGCCUUUCUUAGUCUGAUACCUGCCCCCUUUGCUUGUGCCCUGACCCUGUCUAAUGACCCUGCUGAGGCAAAAGCUCGCCUCACGGGCACAAACGGUUGCCCACAGCGCCUGGGUAUGACUGCUUCUGAGAUGGUCAUCUGCUUUGACGCUGCUCAUAAACACUCAGGUAAGAAGCAGACGGUGCCUUGUCUGGACACAGCCACAGGAAGGGUGUUUAAACUCUGCAAACCACCUAAUGAUCUCAGAGAGGUCGGCAUCUUGGUGUCAUCAGAGAACGACAUCUACAUUGCUGGUGGGUACCGGCCAAGCAACAGCGAGGUGUCAAUAGACCAUCGAGCAGAAAGUGACUUCUGGCAGUAUGAGCAUGCAGGUAAUCGAUGGAUUCCGCGGGCCCCUCUGCUGAGGGCGAGAAUAGGCUGUAGGCUAGUACACUGCUGCGGGAAGCUGUAUGCGCUGGGAGGCCGAGUUUAUGAAGGGGACGGCCGAAACGCAUUGAAAUCGGUAGAAUGCUACGAUGCCCGGGACAACUGUUGGACAGCAGUGAGUCCUAUGCCAGUGGCCAUGGAGUUUCACAGUGCCGUGGAAUAUAAAGACCGUAUCUUUGUCCUCCAAGGGGAACACUUCUUCUGCUACGAUCCCCGUAAGGACUACUGGAGUCAUCUAGCUCCAAUGAGCGUCCCUCGGAGUCAGGGUCUGGCUGCCUUGUACAAGAACUGCAUCUACUACAUUGCUGGCAUCUGCAGGAACCACCAGCGCACCUUCACCGUGGAGCUCUACGACAUCGAGAAGAACACGUGGAGCCGGAAGAGAGAUCUGCCCUUUGACCAAGCCACAAGCCCUUACAUCAAGGCUAUGCUGCUGCAAGGCAAGCUGCACCUGUUUGUACGCGCCACACAGGUCAUGGUGGAGGAGCACGUGUUCCGCACCAGCCGCAAGAACUCCCUUUACCAGUACGACGACGAGGCAGACGUAUGGACCAAAGUCUACGAGACACCCGAUCGCCUGUGGGAUUUGGGGCGCCAUUUUGAGUGUGUGGUGGCCAAACUUUACCCACAGUGUCUACAGAAAGUGCUUUGAGACGGGCGAGUUUUGUGAAUCCAAUCUUACAGGCAGAGGGAGUGGUGUAGUCCUGCCUGCCUU